UACAAAAUGGCUCAAACGAGUUUGCUGCAAGGGAAGCAGUUUUACUGUAGGGAGUGGGUUUUCCACAAGCUUCAGCACUGCCUUCAGGAGAAAGCUAACUGCAGCAACACUGCUGCCAACAAACCAUCUCUUAUAGCAAAUUCUGGAAAUAAUGCUGGUGUUGUCUCGGGGAAAGGAACUGCCUGGGGUGUGUUGUUGGUAGGAGGGCCUGGUAGUGGGAAGACAGCCCUCAGUACUGAAUUAUUGUGGCCAAGCUCACCUGCAAGCCUACAAAGAGGCUUGCAUCGCCAAGCUCUAGCUUUCCACUUCUGCAGGGCCCAAGACUCUGACACACUGUGUGUGGGAGGGUUUAUUAGAGGUUUAGUUACCCAGAUCUGCCGCAGUGGACUCAUCCAGGGAUAUGAAGACAAACUAAGAGAUCCUGCAGUUCAAAGUCUCUUGCAACCUGGGGAAUGCGAGAGGAAUCCUGCUGAAGCAUUUAAAAGGUGCAUUCUGCUUCCUCUUUUGGGGAUGAAGCCCCCCCAGCAGAGCCUCUUUCUGCUUGUAGAUUCGAUUGAUGAGGGUUGUAAUGUUGCAGAAGGUGAACAGACUUCUACAGGCAUAUCUGGAACUAUUGCAGAGCUUUUAGCUGAUCACUACGAGUUCUUCCCUCCAUGGUUGCUCCUCCUCUGCUCUGCUCGCAAGCAGAGUAAAACUGUUACAAAAAUGUUUACAGGUUUUCGAAAAAUAAGUCUAGAUGAUCUCCGAAAGGCAUAUAUCGUGAAAGAUGUGCAGCAGUAUAUUCUCCAUCGUUUAGAUCAAGAAGAAGCACUGAGACAACAUCUCACAAAAGAAACUGCAGAAAUGCUAAACCAGCUUCACAUCAAAAGCAGUGGUUGCUUUUUAUAUCUAGAACGUGUCCUAGAUGGAGUUGUGGAAAAUUUUAUCAUGCUAAGAGAGAUCCGUGACAUUCCUGGAACACUAAAUGGCCUUUAUCUCUGGCUUUGUCAGAGGCUUUUUGUAAGAAAACAGUUUGCAAAGGUCCAGCCCAUUCUGAAUGUAAUUCUUGCAGCUUGUAGGCCAUUGACUACAACAGAAUUGUAUCAUGCAGUGUGGACCAAAAACAUGACCUUGACUAUGGAAGACUUUCAACGCAAACUAGAUGUUCUGUCAAAAGUUCUUGUUGAUGGGCUAGGAAAUACUAAAAUUUUGUUUCAUUACAGUUUUGCAGAAUGGCUGCUGGAUGUAAAGCACUGUACACAGAAAUAUUUAUGUAAUGCAGCAGAGGGACACAGAAUGUUAGCAAUGAGUUACACUUGUCAAGCAAAGGAUUUGACACCAUUAGAGGCCCAAGAAUUUGCAUUGCAUCUAAUUAAUUCAAAUUUGCAGUUAGAGACUUCUGAGUUGGCUUUGUGGAUGAUAUGGAAUGGCACACCAGUCAAAGACUCUUUGUCCACUUUAAUCCCCAAAGAGCAGGAAGUACUACAACUGCUAGUAAAAGCUGGUGCUCAUGUCAACAGUGAAGAUGACCGUACAUCUUGCAUUGUACGACAAGCUCUGGAAAGAGAAGAUUCCAUUCGGACCCUGUUAGAUAAUGGAGCAUCAGUAAAUCAGUGUGAUUCAAAUGGGAGAACAUUGUUAGCUAAUGCUGCAUAUAGUGGCAAUCUUGAUGUUGUUAAUUUACUUGUUUCUAGAGGAGCAGAUUUAGAAAUAGAAGAUACUCACGGGCAGACAGCACUUACUUUAGCUGCUCGACAAGGACAUACCAAGGUUGUCAAUUGUUUGAUUGGAUGUGGGGCUAAUGUAAAUCACACUGAUCAUGAUGGCUGGACAGCACUACGAUCUGCAGCUUGGGGUGGACACACCGAGGUGGUUUCUGCACUCCUUUACGCUGGAGUCAAAGUGGAUUGUGCAGAUGCUGACAGUCGAACAGCCUUGAGAGCAGCGGCAUGGGGAGGACAUGAAGAUAUAGUGCUGAAUCUGCUACAACAUGGAGCUGAAGUCAACAAAGCUGAUAAUGAAGGUAGAACAGCUUUGAUUGCAGCAGCAUACAUGGGACAUAAAGAGAUUGUGGAGCACCUCCUUGACCAUGGUGCAGAGGUAAAUCAUGAGGAUGUGGAUGGAAGGACUGCUCUGUCUGUUGCUGCACUUUGUGUACCUGCUAGUAAGGGGCAUGCUUCAGUGGUUAGCCUUUUAAUUGACCGUGGUGCUGAAGUAGAUCAUUGUGACAAAGAUGGUAUGACUCCACUGUUGGUAGCUGCCUACGAAGGGCAUGUAGAUGUUGUUGACUUACUUCUAGAAGGAGGAGCUGAUGUGGAUCACACUGACAAUAAUGGCCGUACACCCCUUCUGGCAGCAGCCUCUAUGGGCCAUGCUUCAGUUGUAAAUGCUCUUUUAUUUUGGGGUGCUGCUGUGGACAGCAUUGAUAGCGAAGGGCGAACAGUUCUUAGUAUAGCCUCUGCCCAAGGUAAUGUUGAAGUAGUACGGACUCUGCUGGACAGAGGCCUAGAUGAAAAUCAUAGAGAUGAUGCAGGAUGGACACCUUUGCACAUGGCAGCUUUUGAAGGUCACAGGUUGAUAUGUGAAGCACUUAUAGAACAAGGUGCUAGAACAAAUGAAAUUGAUAAUGAUGGACGUAUACCUUUCAUACUGGCUGCACAAGAAGGUCACUAUGAUUGUGUACAGAUAUUACUGGAAAAUAAAUCUAACAUUGAUCAGAGAGGCUACGAUGGGAGAAAUUCUCUCCGAGUUGCUGCUUUAGAAGGUCAUAGAGAUAUAGUUGAACUACUUUUCAGCCAUGGAGCAGAUGUAAACUACAAAGAUGCUGAUGGCCGGCCAACACUUUACAUCUUGGCAUUAGAAAACCAGCUUACAAUGGCCGAGUAUUUUUUAGAAAAUGGUGCAAAUGUAGAAGCAAGCGAUGCAGAAGGAAGGACAGCACUCCAUGUUUCCUGCUGGCAAGGCCAUUUGGAGAUGGUGCAGAUACUGAUAACAUACCAUGCUGAUGUGAAUGCUGCAGACAAUGAGAAGCGAUCUGCUUUGCAAUCUGCUGCUUGGCAAGGCCAUGUGAAAGUAGUUCGUCUUUUGAUUGAGCAUGGAGCCUUAGUUGACCACACCUGUAAUCAAGGUGCUACUGCACUCUGCAUUGCAGCACAAGAAGGACACAUUGAUGUUGUGCAGAUAUUGCUGGAGCAUGGUGCUGAUCCGAAUCAUGCAGAUCAAUUUGGACGUACUGCUAUGCGUGUUGCAGCAAAAAAUGGACAUUCUCAGAUUAUUAAAUUACUGGAAAAAUAUGGUGCAUCUAGUCUAAAUGGCUGCACUCCAUCACCAGUCCACACAAUGGAGCAAAAACCCUUGCAGUCAGUCUCUUCAAAAAUGCAGUCAUUAACAAUAAAAUCAAAUAGUUCAGGGAGCACUGGUGGAGGAGAUAUGCAGCCUACUAUGCGUGGUUUGUCUAAUGGGCCUGCUCAUGCUUUUAGUUCUCCCUCAGAAUCUCCAGAUUCUACAGUGGACCGCCAGAAGUCGUCCUUAUCAAAUAAUUCGCUGAAAAGUUCCAAAAACUCUUCUCUGCGUACUACGUCAUCUACAGCAACUGCCCAGACAGUGCCUAUAGAUAGUUUCCAUAGUAUGUCAUUUACAGAACAAAUACAGCAGCAUUCACUGCCUCGUAGCAGAAGCAGGCAGUCAAUUGUUUCUCCUUCUUCCACAACUCAUUCCUUAAGUCAGAAUCAUAAUUCACCAAGUAGUGAAUUUGAAUGGAGCCAAGUAAAACCUAGUUUGAAAUCAACUAAAGCAAACAAAGGGGGAAAAACAGAAAACUCCAGCAAAUCUGGAUCUGCCGGGAAAAAAAUCAAGCCGAGCAGCUCCUCUCAACCAAAAGUUUUAGAAUAUGAAAUGACUCAGUUUGAUAAACGAAUACCUGUUGCUAAAUCUGGAACCAGUGUGCCACUUAAAUCAACUCCAGCAGAGCCACAGUGCAAAAUUUUGGUCCCUCCAUCUCCACAAGAAGUUGGUCGACCUCAGCAACAAUUCCUAAUUCACCAACAGAGUGGGGAACAGAAGAAGCGAAAUGGAAUAAUGACAAACCCAAAUUAUCACCUUCAAAGCAAUCAGGUUUUUCUUGGUAGGGUUUCUGUCCCACGAACAGGACAGGAGAGAGGACUUCAGGAAGUUUUGGAAGGCUGUCCUCCUGCAGAGACAGAACUAAGCCUUAAGCAAGCCUUAAAACUUCAGCUUGAGGGAACUGACCCAAGUUUCAACUACAAGAAGGAAACACCACUGUAA